AUGCCGUCGUCUGACAGUGAAAGUCACGAGCGAACUCACAGGUCACCUCGCAGGCGCUCUCCUGGCAAUGGGCGCGAACUGAGGCGUCACGAACUCAGCAGAGAACGAUACAGAGACAAUGAAGAUGCCGGCCGGCGAAGGUCUCCUCGUGGCCACAGAGAUGGGAACCGUGACGGUCGAGAAUAUCACCAUAAAAGGCGGAGAGAGCGAUCUUAUAGCUUAGAUGCGGACAAAAGAAGGCGAAGAAGCCGAGAUAGGGAGGACGAAUCACGCCGCAGACGACACCGAGAUCGGGCACAACGUGAGGACAAUGAUCAAGCUUCCACACGCUAUUCCCGUCCGAGAUCACGCUCAAGAAAUCGUGGAGAACACCGUAGGUCCCAAGAUACGCGAAGUCGCAGCCUUUCGCCGCAAGCCCCAGUACGAUCUCGUGGCCCACUGCCGUCUCAGAACGAUGCAUUCAAUUCAACAGACGGUGUCAAAAAGGAGCAGCCUGCACCUGAAAAAGAGAAACCAAAUUUCGGAAAUACGGGACGGCUUGCUGCAGAAAGCAAUACUGUCACUGUCAACGGCGGGUCUGUUGUGUUGAAAUACCACGAGCCACCCGAAGCGCGCAAGCCACCCACAAAGGACGACUGGCGACUUUACGUUUUCAGAGGCGAAGACUUACUGGAGAUGGUACAACUGAGCGAGCGUAGCUGCUGGCUCAUUGGACGAGAGAAAUUAGUGGUGGACUUCCCCAUUGAGCAUCCGAGCUGUUCAAAGCAGCACGCAGUCGUUCAAUUUCGCUACGUUGAGAAGAAAAACGAAUAUGGAGACAAGACUGGACACGUUCGGCCAUAUCUGAUUGAUCUUGAAAGUGCGAACGGAUCGAAAGUGAAUGGCAACCUGGUGCCCGGUGGCCGCUAUAUCGAAUUACGGGACAAAGACGUUUUGAAAUUCGGUCAGAGCUCAAGAGACUACGUGCUCAUGCUGUCGUCAGAAUGA